GGCUGCCUGCCCCUGCACUCACAUCCGGGGUUGGGUUUACUGCUAACGCGAAACGUAAAUUAACCCGGAAAAAACGAGGCGCUGGAGCCACACGCCCCCAGCUCCCGAUGUGACCGAGGCGCCGGAGCAGCGCCCGGCUGGCCAUGCCCCGGGGCAGCCCGCAGACGCCGCUGGGGUGAUGCUACAAGAAGCCCGGGAUGCCUUAUGUGGAUCGACAGAAUCGUAUCUGUGGGUUUCUAGACAUCGAAGAAAAUGAGACCUGCGGCAAGUUUCUGCGAAGAUAUUUCAUCUUGGACACCCAGGCCAACUGUCUUCUGUGGUAUAUGGAUAACCCCCAGAAUCUGGCUCUCGGGUCAGGAGCUGUCGGAUCUUUGCAGCUGACCUAUAUAUCCAAGGUCAGCGUCGCCACCCCGAAACAAAAACCGAAAGUCCCGUUCUGCUUUGUUAUCAAUGCUUUAUCUCAGCGCUAUUUCUUACAAGCCAGUGAUCAAAAGGACCUACAGGACUGGGUGGAGGCUCUGAACCGUGCCAGCAAGAUUACGGUGCCAAAGAGUGGUAGUUUGCCCCCAGCCACAGAGAUUACAAAGCCCCCCAUUGCACCCCAAACCCAGGAGAAGAAACCACAGGUGGCCUACAAAACUGAGAUCAUUGGAGGGGUGGUUGUGCACACACCUAUCUCUGUCAAUCAGAAUGGAGGGGAAGGAGCAGACGGAGGCGACGUGGCCACUCACCCUCUUCUGAGACGCUCCCAGAGCUACAUACCCACCUCUGCCUCCAAGCCGUCCACAGGGCCACCUGUCCUCAAGAGCGGCUACUGCGUGAAGCAGGGGAAUGUGAGGAAGAGCUGGAAACGCCGGUACUUUGCUCUUGACGACUUCACCAUCAGUUAUUUCAAGUGCGAGCAGGACAAGGAGCCCUUGCGUUCGAUCCUCCUGAAGGACGUCCUCAAGACCCACGAAUGUCUAGUCAAAUCUGGUGACCUUCUCAUGCGGGACAAUCUAUUUGAAAUCAUAACGAGCUCCAGGACAUUCUACAUCCAGGCAGACAGCCCUGAGGAUAUGCACAGCUGGAUCAAAGCAAUCACAGAGGCGAUGCAGGCCCUGAAAAGCCGCCCAAGGGAAAUGUCCUUUGCGAGAUCCAUUUCUUCUAUGAGCAGGCCUGGGUGCUCCAAUCUUUCAAGCUCCUUGAUCCCCUCCUUGCCCCGAAUGAGACAGCCCGGGGACGAGAGGAAAGCACUCUGCAAAACCCCUUCCACCCCAUCCUGGCAGCCUUGGACACCAGUGCCGCAGCCAGGAGGGAAGCAGCCCAUGAUAGAGGAGAUGACUGGGCAUAUGAGAGACUCAGUGUUUGUGCCCUCAUUCACAGAGUGUGAUACUGGAGCCAUGCAGCAGAGGCGUGUACGGCACAGAUCUGAACCCCAGCACAUUAAAGAGAAGCCAUUUGCGUUUAACCUGGAUGAUGAGAACAUCCGGACCUCUGAUGUGUAACCAAACCCAGGCUCUUUUCGCCUUCAGUUGUGUUUUUUUUAAAUGAUGAACUCUGUUGAUAGCAGUUUAAUGCAAAGGUACCUUGAUUCUACCCCAGACACAUGCAGUGGUAUCAGCUAGCCCGAGCCAGCAUAGCGCGCCACUUGUGUAAUAACUAUUGCAAUGUGAUGUACUCUGUCUGCUGAAACAGAGCAGAUUUUGGACUGAAAGAGCUGGUCUCCUCAGUACAAGUGUGGAUAUGUGUGCUAAGUGCAUUGGGCCAGAUUAAUCUCUGGUGAAACUCCAUUUAAUUACCCGGGAUGAAUUUGUCCUGUUUUUGCCAACUCUCACCAGUGACAUGAGCUUUAGGUAGAACCACUUCCCUUGAUAGUGUUGCUUUCCCAGAAAAGGAAGUGGAGGUCACAUAUUUCUAACAGUUCCCCUCUCCCCACCCCCCACCGAAAGCCCACCUUUAACAGCCCAGUUUCUUUCUGUACCACCAGGCUGCCAGUGGUGAGCAUGAGAACUGAAGCAGCACUGGAGGAAGGCAAUGAGAACUGUCAGUAGCCAAGGCAGCCCUUUGUUUUAUUAGGAGGACACCACUGUGACUUGGUGAUCUUAAACCCAUUUUGUGCUCACUUUGUGCAGGCAUAAAUGACGACCGCACAGGGUGUAAGUUGGGAAGCAUCAGACCCCGGUGCCUAACCUGACAAAACAGCGCUACCUUUAGCAAAUACCGUGGUUCUGAAUUCUUGGGAAUCAUGCAGGAAAUGUAGGACAAGAUAUUGUCAAAGGCACAGAGGGCAGUUAGGUGCCCAGUUCUCAUUGACUUUCAGUAGGAGAUGGGUACUUAACUCCCCCAUACAGGCCAAAAAGGAAUGAGUGAGUCACACUAGGAAAUCUGCUGUGUUUAUAAAAAGAAAGAACACUGCAACUUUAAAACUGGUUUUCUAGGAGACCAGCUCUUCUCAGUGGCCAACUAACAAUGUAUUAACAAAUCUAUUUUCUUUGUAAUAACUCCUUUUCUAUCCACGGCCUUUACAUGAUGUCAGACUCUGGAAAAAGCUCCUUGUUCAGACCUAUGUAACACUUCAUGCAUUGAUGAUAACAAACAUGUUUCUUGGUAUAUUUAUAUUUUUUUUAAAUGUGAGUCAAGGAUAACACCACUUCUUUGCAGACUAGGUGUAACUGAAUAUCUGUGGCAAGAAUAUUCUCAGGUAUGUAUCCAAUCUUGCAUUGCAUACACUUGGGCACAAAGAUUUAAUUAAAAUGCCUGAAUCUUGAAGUAUUAAAUAAUAUGUAGUGAAAGCAGAAUAUUUACAAUGAAAUUGGGAUGAUUUGGCCAUCCAACCAGCAUGCACUCUCGACCUUUACAUGUAAAUAAGCAGAACUCUUUUUUUUUUUUUUAAGUAAUGCAAACGUGGCAUUAACCCAUAACAAAACAAGCUGAUGCACAAAGGGUAUAAAACAAUUUACAGCAGAGAGAGUGUUUGAUCUUUUUCACCUAAGAAGUGGGUAAGUAAUCACUCUCAGCUAGACACCACACAACUCUCUUUCCUGUCUCUUUAUUUCCUGUGGGGGCUUUUAAUAGCGGCUCAGGUUGUUCUGUGAUUUUUCGAAGACUUUGUAAAGCCUGUACAAGGCAGGUGCACCUCUUACAUCGCUAUUUACAGGGCUUCAGUGGUUCAUAGGCCUUUUGCCAGCCCUCUGUGUAGAGGAGAGUUUAACCCAGAACGAAAAGCUAUCCAGUCUUUCCAUUUGUGUGUCCAGCUGCUUCUGCACCAAGCCUUCUCCCCUCCCACCCUUACUCAGACAAAACCACCAGUGACUUCCUUGGGAAUUUUGCCUGAUUAAGCACAGAGGAUGAGGUGCUGUUUAUCUAAAAAGCAGCACAUCUAGCUAGAAACCCUUAUCCAAGGCUAAAGCAAGUUCACACCAUCGUAAGUAAUUAAAAGCAUCCCUUGCUUUAUUAUUAAGACAUUGCUGAAUGGGUUGCAAGUUCCAGCUAUUCGUAGUUUCAGUGCUACCUACACUCGUAGAAACUGACCUUUGUGAACAGAAGGCAGCGGCUGUAGAUAAUGGCCCCCAGUGAAGCCAUGCUAGCGUUCUUACCACGGACUGUAGACUUGCUCUGAAGAGGGUUAGAUGAGAUGGUUAAAAGCUGGUGGGGACCUAGAACUCUGCCUAUGCUAGCUGCUGCCUGUUAGCAAGCGUGAGAGAUCUUUAAGGGGAAAAGAGGCUAGCGUAAACCCAGCUGAAGACUCCAAAUGGAAUUUCAUGUCCUAAACCAGAAAUGUGCAUGCUCUUGCCAUCUCUAAUAAAUUGAAGUUGAUACCUCAGUCUUAAAUGUUCCAAUCAUACUGCAGCAGCUGUAGGUUUGGGAUCUCUUGGAGUGGUCUUGAGAUAGCAAAGAUUUCUACUUCUUUUUAUUGUCUGACCGUUGUCAUUGGCUGUAUGGAGCAAUGCCAUGUGCCCUACAAACUCUGCUUAAUAUUACUCCACUGGAGAAAAUCCCUUUGUUUUGUCCUGGCCUGCACAGGAUUUAACUGUUUUAAGAACUAUAUGUAAGCCUGGUCCAAACUCAGUUUUGGGCCAAAUGGGGCUUUAUCAUGGUUUGGCCCAUGAGUAUGGAUGGAGCCAAAUCACGUUAUAACUAAACUGAAAUAAUAAGUUCUUGCUUCCAUUUCUACCUGUACCAAAGGGGUUUUUGUAACCCACACAGCCAGCCAAAAUCCAUUCCAGCCCUGGCCAAAACCACGUUCAAACUGUACUUGAGCACAGCUGUUAAAUAAGACUGAAAACCCUUGUGUAGAACAACAGUAUCUGUCAAUCUCAGGUUUUCGUAGGGCACCCGUCGCUGUGGUGUUUAUGCUCUGAUCGCUGUUACGCUGAGAGCUAGGAUUGGAGGUGAGGACUCAAAGAUUAACUUGGAACCUUUGCCACUGGGUCAGACCAAAGGUCCAUCUAGCCCAGUAUCCUGUCUUUAGACAGUGGCCAAUGCCAGGUGCCCCGGUGGGAAUGAACAGAACAGGGAAUCAUCAAGUGAUCCAUCCCCUGUC